AUGUCCGAGAAAUUCAAGUCCAGCAUCGAACUGGAAGUCGCCCGUUAUUACCCGACGCAGCGUCUCAACCUCUAUUCCUAUAAACCGGUCGAUCCUUACGGCGUCAAGGGUUACAUUCCAAACCCACUCCCAGCUGACCUUCCCCCUGGCUGGGUUCGGGGCUUCGACCCGACCAAAUUGCUGCCAACUCCCGACAUUAUCCUCGAGAUCGUAAGACCGCUAUCAGCCGGUAAAAAGAAAACGGCUCAGAUCACUGUCUGCAAGACACUGCAGCAUCUCCGCAGCCACGAGUCUAGCGUCCACGGUCCCCGUAAGGGCGGCAUUUGGCCAGAAUUGAUCGUUUGCAAGUCCUUUGACGCCGUAUUCUUCCCACCUUUUCCCGGUUGCAGCGCAGACAAGAUGGCCGAGAAAGCCCUCAGUCGGGAGAAUGGCGCCUAUCGACACCUGUACGCCAAGAGCUUCACCGGUUUCCCGCAUAUCACGCCGGAGUUCUACGGAUCCUAUGUGGCAGUAUUCGACCUCGGCCUCGACGGAAAAAAGCAAAGGGUGUAUAGAUGUGCUUCGGUUAUCCUUAUGGAAUACGUCGAUGGUCUGUCCGUCGAAUCACUGUGUCGACGCCAUCCUGAGACUCGAGAUUUGAUCCCUCGCAAUACGACCCAUGUCUUCCAUCAGAAUACAAACGGCCGACGCAUCUCGCUUUCGCUGCACAAAGAGACCAGGCAGGAAAUUGGGAUGGAAUUUGGCAAUGUCGACCCAGACCAAGCCCUUAUCACCAUGCGCCAUGACCAAUAUGACCUGGUCCAACCGCGCCUCGUGAUCCUGGAUUACACCCACACUCAUGUCUGGUGCAUGACAAAAACCGGCAAGACUAACCCAAGGCACCCCAUCACCGAGUUUCAGAAGCUUCCCAGCCCGACACAUCCUUCCGAGCUCUUCGACACGGACUGGUUUAGCCACUGGAUUGGAUGGUGGCCGUCGUCGUUCUGUCACAAAGCCCAAAGCGAAGACGAGGAGAUGGAGCUGGAGUAUGCGAGGGAUUCGAACGGUGAUCUGGUCAAGGACGAGAAUGGCCGGUUUCUGUGCAGAAACGAAGUCGAGUUUGAGGUUUGGAUGUUGAAGGUGUGGGGUCCCCGUGAGGAAGGAAGGUACUCCGUCAGGGAGACACUCAACCGGAUUCGGGAUGAUGAGAAGAAGAAGACGAAAGAAAAGGUCGUUGCUGCAGAGACGGAAGCCGCGGCGGAAACUGAUGCGCUAAUGCUGGCGCUGGGCCUGAGAAAUCCCAAAUCUGACAUCGACGCAGACGACAAGGACCGGUCGAGGAGCCAGUGA